CGCAGUUCCGCAGGGGAGCCGGAAGUGCAGGUGUCACUCUUCCGAGGAGAGCGGGAGCUAUGUGGGUGCGAAGGGUCAGCGCUUUGGCCCGCGCGGCUUUCUGCUCCCAAAGUGGAAGCCCGGCAGGGCUCUCUUCUGCUUCGUCGCCCCGGGAGGAGGGCGGCUGCAGGGAAAAAGUAACUUUGGAGUUGCUGGAUCAUCUGGAGCAUCUGGCACUUGUUGAUUUCCGUGAUCAAGAGGGUGUGGAGCGCUUGCAGAAAGCAAUUGAAUUUGCUGAUCAACUUCAUUCUAUUAACACAGAUGGUAUACAGCCAAUGGAUUCAGUACUGGAGGACAGGUGCUUGUAUCUCAGGGAAGAUAAAGUCACAGAAGGCAAUUUUGCAGAGGAGCUACUGAAGAAUGCUAAUCAGACUGUUGAAGAGUAUUUCGUAGCUCCACCAGGUAACAUCCCAUUACCACAGUUAGAAGACAGGGACACUUUCCUGCAGAAGAAAAAGCCAGAAGCAGAAGAUCUCCCUUGACAUGCUGCCAUUGACUUUUUAGACUCUGGAGUCCAGCUGCAUCUAGGAUUAAAUCUUCUGUGAAAGGGCUACAGACUGCCUUGAUAGAGGAUUACUAACUCUUGCAAACAAUUUCUGAACAUCCCAUGUAUGCUUAUGCUUCCCAGAGAAGGCAA